UAUUGGUUUUGAAAUUACACAAUUUUAGUUUCAGUUUCGAAUGCUUUGUAAGUUUGUUGUUGAAUUGGAUGGUUUUUCCAGUGAUAAUUUAAGAAUAAUUUCCUAAAAUUGAUGUUAAUUUUCGAUGAAUGAUCAUUGAUUUUGUUUGUUUUGAUUAUUUUUACGAGAUGUUUGAAAGCUUUUACUCAUAAUGACAUGGAUUUAGGAAUUGUCAUCAAUGGAUGAAUCUUGCAAAAUGCCACUUUAAUGACAGUUUUAAAAUAAGUGCGACGAUCAAUUAAACAAACUAAUUUUUUUCAUCUUUGCCUUCACCUGUUCUUCUAAAAUGUGUGAUCCACGUGAAAACAAUGGUGCCAAGGUGGUUCAUGAGUCAGUACCACAGAAAGACACACAGGGGCCAGGAGAGAUAUUGGGUGAACCCAAAAGCAUCAGCGAAAUCAAAGAGAAUUUAUUCACUGCAACUCCAACUUGCAGUGAUGGUGGUGCUGUAAACCUAGAAGCUCAGUCAGGUCAUCAACCUACUGCUUCUCUUCCACAGCAAACGUAUGCAGCAGACCUGAACUUGUCCACAUCUUCCCAGGGUUUUUCUGUUCAUGAACCGGUUGAAAAUGAAGAAAAAGGGAAUACGAACGACCCCCAGAGAGAAAGAGCUCUUCUUUCUCGUACAUCAUCAAGGAGUUCGGGAUAUUCAGGAUCUGUUGAGAAUUUUCAUGGCGAAAAUACAGCUCCCCAUGACCCAUUAGUAAUGCGACAAGCUUUUAUUCAAAGGACGUCCAGCGGAAGUUUAAGCAGUAGCCUAACGUCUGAAGAAGCGAGACGACUCUUUGAACAAGGACUUCAUAUAUCUGGAUGUGAUAAGUGCAAGUUGUUAAGAGAAAAGUGUCCUUCUAAAGAAUCAAUUGAAUUCUGGGAUGACGUCGAAAUGUGCGGAGAUGACGAUAAAACCAAAUGCCAUAGUAAGUUCUGGAGCUAUUUCUUUGCAAAGCUUAAAGAGAAAUUUCCAAAUGAAAAGGGACUAAACAGUAAACAGGCAGUGAAUUUUCUCAAGACGUUGUUGAACGUGCCAAAUGCGGAUGAUGGAGAAAUUACACUCACGAAUUUGGUUAAACUAAUACGAUUCUUUGGUCCAUUUAAAAAGGAUGGCGAAAACUGCAUCAUAAUCGAUCAUCUGAACGAUAUAGUGAAAAGAUCCCUCGUAAAAUCAGCAGACAAGAAGAAAAUAAGUUGGUUUGCUGGUGACAUGACUCGAGAGGAUGCGGAGAAAAUUCUAGAGAAACAGAAAAACAAGACCUAUCUUUUAAGAAUGAGUCAGAGUGGAUCAGACGAAGGAAACUUUGUGGUAUCUGUAAAGGAUAAAGAUGCAGUACAUCAUUUUGAAAUUGAAGGAGACCCUGAGGCCUCAAGUAAAAGUACUUCUUUGAAUUGUCAUCUGAAGUUUUUUGGCAAAAUGUAUGAAACCUUGCCAAGUGUGGUAGAAGACUUAAAAUACAAUGGUCUAAAAGAUGAAGAGGAUGACGAAGAAGUUCACUGCAUCUACAUAUGUCCUGACCUACCAUUCAACACGGUCAUUACACCUUAUAAACGUACAUAGUUCAAUAUACAGGUAUA